AUGGUAUUGUCAUUUGAAUACCCUCCGCAUAGCAGUAAUGCAACAAUUCAAGAUAGUAAAAUUGAGUUAAGUUAUAAUCAACCUAAAGACAUUUCUGAAAAUGAUAAUUAUGAAAAUAUUGAAUCUAAAAGUGACGAAUCUAAGAGUGAGAGUAAUGAAUCUAAAGAUGAAUAUUCUGAAUUUGUUAUUAAAUAUCCACUUGAUUCAUUAAAAUUUUCCUUUGAUGAAGCUACUAAGAUACUGAUAGUUUCAAAUUUUCCGUAUCUUGACAAUACUCCUUCAAUUUCAUGCACCAUUUUAGGCCUAAUUUUAUCACAAUCCUUAUUAAAUAAAAAACAGUUAAUAUCAUAA